AUGGCGAUAGGAGAUCUCAAACAACGAUUGCGGAACAAAUUCAGCCGACGAAACUCCACCGCGUCGUCUUCGAAAUCCACAGAGUACGAUACGCAUCACAGCAGCAAGCCCGCGACCAUCCGAUCUGUACGGAGCAAGAAACCUGCCAGCACGUUAGGCGCGAACACGGUUGAUGAGGAGAAGGAGUUGAGUCUUGGUGGUGGUGUGGCUCUCGGUUCUGCGCUAGAAGGUCAUCUGGAUCCGGCAGCAGCUCCAAAGAAAACACUCGCGCUUCCCGACCAGGAGAAGUCGAGCUCCAAACACGAUAGCACGUCGACCGAUUUCCCGACCCCGAAUACGGAUAUCCCGUUUCUGCCAGAGGAACAGCACGAAGAGCAACACGAAGAACACCACGGCGGAGAGGUUAACUUUGGAGACGUCUCGUAUCUGCCUGCUACUUCUGCUGAGGAGAAGGCUCCGAGAAGACCUGGCGAAUUACAAAGGAGACAGAGUUUAUUACCACAGGGCCAGACGAGAUUGAUCAAGACGCUGUUGGAGACGGAAUUGCCUAAUCGGACGGGCGCUGCGAAUUUGGAUUAUUUCACGACAAACGGUCCCUCGACGAUUAGUGGAAAUAUGGUCAGCAGGAAGAUUUGGGUUAAACGCCCGGGGGCGUCGGCCACGUUGGUCACGAUUAAUGAGGAUGAUCUGGUGGAUGAUGUGAGAGAUAUGAUUCUGAAGAAGUAUGCGAAUUCAUUGGGGAGGAGCUUUGAUUCGCCGGAUGUUACGUUGAGGAUCGUGCCUAGGGAGCAGAGGCAGGAGAGGACGUUGGGACCAGAGGAACCGAUGGGCAGGACGCUGGAUGCGUAUUUUCCUGGUGGUCAGACGGUGGAUGAGGCGCUGGUUAUUGAUGUCCCGUUGAGAAGGACACCAAAACCAUCACCACAUACGAGCAGAGGGUAUUAUGAGGAUGGAUUACGACCUUCAGAAGCUGCUUCGGAAUAUUUCCCUCCUAUGCCAGUCACGGUUGCAGCACCACCAUCACCACAUCUUCAGAAUACGCUUCCUGUUAACCUACCAAACCACUCACAUGCGUCUUUGCAACAUUCCAUGUCAGUACUUACAACUGGUCAUGUCCCAGCACUUCCAUCACCAGGCGCCGGUGCGAGACGACCACAUCAUAACCACGGCCCGAACCGUCCCAGGAUAGGAAGACAACAUACCUCCUCCCCUACCAUCAUAAGCAACCAUCCGUCGCAGCAAGUGACAAACAAUGGUACGCACACAUUCUCGCGAAGUACCCAUCCAAGAACUCACUCCAAUGCCUCAGACAAAUCCAACGCACCCCCCCUAGCACCACCUCUCCCAACACCCCCCGCCCCAUCCCUCCAACAAGAGAUCUCUUCUCAAGUCGUCCGCGUGGCCACACCUCCCCCCCGGGCCUCCACUCCCCGUCCAACCAACCGCCCCAAACGCAAAAAGGCCAACGGCGAUCACCCCUCCCUCCCAGCCGGCAUGCUUAACGGCGCCGUCCCCCCCAUCAAAGUCCUCAUCGUCGAAGACAACAUCAUCAACCUGAAGCUCCUCGAAGCCUUCAUGAAGCGUCUCAAAGUCCGCUGGCAAACUGCCACCAACGGGAAAGACGCCGUCACCAAAUGGCGCGCCGGCGGCUUCCAUCUCGUGCUCAUGGAUAUCCAACUCCCAAUCAUGUCCGGUCUCGAAGCGACCAAGGAGAUCCGGCGACUUGAGCGGUUGAAUAAUAUCGGGGUGUUUAGUAGUUCGGCUAGUAUUAGCGCGCCGAGUGUUGAGGAAGGGAGGGAGCUUGAUGGAGAGGACCGGUUGCCGACGAAUGUUCAUUUCAAGAGCCCGGUUAUUAUUGUCGCGCUUACGGCGAGUAGUUUGCAGACGGAUAGGCAUGAGGCGUUGGCGGCGGGGUGUAAUGAUUUUUUGACAAAGCCCGUCAACUUCGUCUGGCUCGAGCGCAAGGUCAUGGAAUGGGGCUGCAUGCAAGCGCUCAUCGAUUUCGACGGCUGGCGCAAGUGGAAAGACUUUUCUCAGGUCCAGGCGCUCGAGGAUGGGAAGAAUGGGGGUGGGGGAGGCGGUGGGAAACCUGGUGGCGGCGGGUGGGCGAAGAAGAAGAAGAAUCGGACGAGUGUCGGGAGUAGUUCUGGGUUGGGGAUGGGGAAUAGGGAGGUUGGUAUGGUUGCUUGA